AUGGAGGCAACAUCUUUAGAUGCCUCAUCUUUUGCCCUGCAAUACAAGGAUCCAAAAGCAAUGGCCAGCUUUAAUGUUAAAGCAUGGUUAAAAAGAAGAAACAGAUUGCAGAAUCUAAAUGAUGCAUAUUCUUCCAUUACCACCACUGAAAAUAAAUCAACUGGUCAAGACUUUGAUUUUAUAUUAGAGGAAAAGAAUCGACAAUUAAAAUCCUGGAUUCCAAAAGGCAUUCCCACAGAUUCUAUUUGGCAAACAGUAUGUCGUAAUAAUUUAAUUCUUGAAAAAAUCAAACACAAUUCCCUCUCAUUAUUUGCCAUACAGACCGAAAAGGACACAACUGUUACUACCGAUGCUGCUACGGAAUUGCUGAUGGAGAAGGAAUCGGAAGUAGACAUCGAUCAUUGUGUUGAUGAUAGUGUGCUACCGCUAGAAACACAGACUGAUGAAAUAAUGGAAAAGGUUACGAAGAUUGGCCCAUCAUUUGAUCCAUUCGUUAUUAAGUAA